ACUCCGCCGGUGCUUGGUUCUCCGGUGCAACGCUUCAAACUCACGCCGCGGUUAUCUGCAACGACGACAUUGAACCUGGCUCCAUCUGUUGGAACUUUAUUUUUUUCUGAAGUUUCGAAAUUAGGGUUUGUGGCGUGGGAAGUCGCAUCGGAGAAAUGGAUUCAAUCUAUGGUGGAGGAGAUUACUCGUAUUCUUCUUCUCAACAGUCCAGGAUCACCAAUGUCGAGAGCCUCCAGAAACAGUCGUGCACAGUAUGAAUCUCAAGGGCCUGGCCAAAUUUCAGAUAGCAGUGUGGAUGUUGCAGGUGACCGCCGACUGAAGGAAUUUUUCCUUCCUUUCCGCAUCUUCUGUUUGCGCAAUGAUAUACAAUGCCAUAAUGUUGUGCUGGAUGAUACAGAUGUAUCAAGAGCCGUUACUGACUUUGUGAAGAGAACAGUAAUCGAUAUUUUGGUCGUAGGCGCGGGUGCAAAAGCUAGUUUCUUCAGAUUCAAAGACAAGGACAUUCCCGGAAGCCUGUUGAAAGGUGUCCCUGAUUAUUGCACUGUGUAUGUCAUCAACAAAGGCAAGAUCACAUCCACCCGAGCUGCUACUCAGCUCUGAUCGAACGAUACAACAAAGAUGAUGACGCCACGGCUGACAAAAUCAAAUUACGGAAGUUGGAGCAUGCUGAUCGAAUGUUGCUUAGUGCAAAUUUGUAGAUAUUUCAUUAGAACCAUAAUGGCAACCGGAAUUGAAACAGUACACUGCAAAAUUACACUUCAAGAGUAAUACAAUAUUGUGGUGCCACUC